GUGAUUAUAGGACCGUCCCUUCACAUCUUCAUCAUGCUUGCUCUCGUACACCCGGUACAUUCUUCAGAACCUAGAACUAUCGAUAGAACAACCAUCGAAAGAAAUAUUUCAAGUUUACCAAGAACUUCAUCAUCUCGCUCAAGUUCUAGCAGAGUAUCCCAUUGGAAACCACAAGCUAGUACUUCUACUUUUCAAUCAUCCUACUGUCCAACAGUUCCAAGGAGAUCAGUUUCUGCAUCUUCAGUUGUGGCCAGAGAACCUUCUCCAACUCGCCAUAAUGCCAUUCAGUCAUCUCAGUCAACGUCCCAAUCCUCGCCUGCCACAGCAAGAGUUACCCCCCCUGAUGAUCCACCCACCGCUGGUUCUCCAAUUCCUCCACCUCAAAUUAGUCUACCAGCGUCUACUUCAUCUUUUGACGUUCACAACUACCCCUCAGCCGACUUGCUUCGUCUCUUGGCUUCCCUUCUUACCCAGAUUGCAUCUACAAACGAUGCAAUCUCAGGCUCAGACCCAGCAUCCCAUACUUUGGCAAGUCUAUCGCAUCAAAAUGUAUCAGAAGACGCUUCUCGCUCCCCUAUAUGGCGUUCCCUCACUUCUGCUUCCCGCUCCUCCUUAUCAAAUCCCGCCUCCGCCCUCACUUUCCAUGCCCGCAACAUUCCGACUAUCGCACUAGAAUCUUACUUGUUACGAAUACUCAAAUAUUGUCCAACAACAAACGAGGUGUUCCUAGCCCUCCUCGUGUAUUUUGACCGCAUGUCUCGGCUUGCUUCCGAGGCAACAGGACGCACGUUUGUCAUCGACUCGUAUAACGUCCAUAGACUUGUCAUUGCUGGCGUCACAGUCGCCAGUAAAUUCUUUAGCGAUGUAUUUUACACUAAUUCACGCUAUGCAAAGGUCGGAGGUCUCCCACUAGCAGAGCUCAACCAGCUCGAACUCCAGUUUUUGCUUCUCAACGACUUCAGGCUUGUCAUAUCGCCUGAGGAGAUGCAAAGAUAUGCCGAACAGCUUAUCCUGUUUUCGCAAUCACAGCCUCCACAGCUAUCCCCUACCGUUCCUCGCCCUGUGACGCCAUCACGCUCACAGCAAUCACCAACGUUGCAGACACGUUCAUCGCCUACCACAGCAUCAGGCCCUGCACGGGCUAUGGGUGCCAUUGAUACCUACGGUGGUACAGUGGCACCCGAUCGGACGCCCAGUAUGCGUGCUGUACGCACGCGCGACGAUGACGCUGCGAGCAUCGUUAGCGAAACAGAUACUGAAACUGAAACUGAGGGUGGCUACGCGACGGAUGAUGAGCCGACGAUUCGCCCACCCAACUCUUCAAGCUCGUGUUGCGGGGAUGCUGAGGAGUGCGAGAGCGCCGGUGAGUUCCGGGCUGCCAGCGUAGAGCAGAGCGAUGAGUGCAGGCGGAACGGAGUGGAAGAUAAAGAAAGAGAACGAGAACGAGGCGAUAUUACGCCAGAAUUGAAAGCCCGGCGGCUUGUACGAGAAAUUAGUGAGGACAUUGGAAUGGCGAGCCCUUAGACUGUUGCCAAAUGAUUGCUCCGCGACACCUCUUAAUCUUUGCGCUGGUAUCUGUUUGACCAGCUCGUAAUACGCUUCUUCAUACCUUCUACAGUGCACGUCAACCACCUACAUACAUUACUGUCAUAUCGUACAGCAGUGUCUAUACCUUGCCUUCAAUCAUACUUUGGCACCAGCGACGGAUUUCAUGUUUAUUUAGUCUAUGGUAUGCUCCCUAUAGAUAGACUCGAAGUUAAAAUGUAUUGUUCUGCCGCAGCUUCUGUUUCUUGCACUGAUAUUGUGUCAAAACUAAUAGUAUAUAUGCUACUGGUCACCCAUGUGGUCGACGUCGCUGU